GCCAUUCAACGAUCGAUUCAUCGAGCGAAAUUAUUUUUCAAUUUUUCAUCACGGAAAUAUCUUUCGGCGACAAAUUCAAAUUCCACCCGAAGAUCAAAUGUCAGCUAAUUACUUGUUUGGUUAUAUUGCAACGGAAAAUUGAAAAUUGUGUAUUAAAUCGACUUUAACGAAACAUUUAUUAUUCGACGAAAAAUGAUCGAAUAAUUAUUUGUUUUAUUAAGAAAAUUAUUAUAAUACACUGGCUACCGUUAUCAAUCAAAGAUGAGCUGAUUCCGUUGCAUUUUCAAAUGAAACAUUUACUGUUCUGAUAAAAUUACGUUAAAUUAAAUGAAAGUGUGCUUGAAUAAUAAAUGCGGGAAUAAAUAAAAUAUCAAUCAAGAUGAGUAAAUCAUCGAUGUCGCUGAGUAAAAUAUCGACGAAACUGAGUAAAAUAUCGUUCAAGGCAACCGAUGAUGAGGCUACGACCGAUUAUACCACGACAGGGGGUGAGAGCGAAGCAACCGCGGAUGAAGGGGGGAAUGAAGGCGAAAAGGAAGUGACGGAGGAACCGGGUGAAAAGAGGAAGAAAUCUUGGAUCGAGCGAUGCGUGAUGCGGGAAAAAUGGAAAUGCGACGAUAAGGAUCUCUGGCGUCUUUACAUGAACACAUACAUGGAGGAUCGCGAGAAACUGGAAAAGGAUGACAUUUUCAAGCGUAGAAAGCCAGCGCCUUAUCGAAAAUUUCCCCGCGUCCAAUCGGAAGAGGAUUUAAACGCGCAUCAUAAAUGCUUGCCGCUGAACGCGUUUCAGCUUCGAGAUCAGCUGGCGUUACCUAAUAAAUUGGAUCGCAAGAAGAUGAUUCGAAUUUGGCGAAACAUGCGUGCCAACCUACCGGUACACGAAUCAAAGUCGGAUACCCAGAUAGAUACCCAACGAGACGGAGUGUCGAAAACAACGAGCGACAAAUGGCCAGGCGUGUGGCCGUGUACGACCCGCGACCUGGCGAACGAGAUAUUAGAACGACGAAGACAAAAGAGAAGAACCAGGACAGACUUGUUUCCAUGUGAUACAGAUCAGAUAGAGGACGAGUUCGAAGACCCUGCGAAGGACUUCUCCGAUCGCAAGGAAUUAGGUCACGCCAGGAUCCCGCAACCUUGUCCCUUGCCUGGCAAGGAGUUGUUGGUGGAUCGAGCUGCCGGUGAACAUCCCGGUUUAGUCGACGGUGAUUACAUCAUUUUCGAGUUACCGUCGAAAGCAAAGGGCGCAAGGAUCUAUGCCGAUGUAUGUCUUCACGGUCUGAAAGGAAUGCAUUUGCCGGAACUCGGUGUGUUAAGGGCGCGUCAAAAGACUUGGAAAUUCUGUUUCUAUCAGGCAAUCAUUGCUCUUCUGGCUAAGACACAAAUCAGGUACAAGUACGCUUGGAGCGUGAACAUCGAUUACAUCUACGAUCACGCGUGGAUGUUGUACACCCACAUUGGCAUGAUCAACAUAAAGGAGAAGCAAAGAUUAGACGACAUCGUGGUGUAUAAUUACAAAUACAGUAUCGAAGUGGAGCUGAUCCAAGAAAUAAACGACGUGCCUAUAGUGACGGACAUCCCGUGGGAUUACGAAGAGAGGAACAUGAAGCGGAAGAUGUUAUUGGAACGAAAAGAAUUGAUGAACGUUCAGUUAGAAAUCGGUUCCGAGAAGAUCACCGAUGAACAAAAGGCAGCUGUUCAUAAAGGGAUCAAAAAGAUAGAAGAUUGGUUCGAUAAACUUAAGAUACGUUUUCGUAAUUGCAUAUUUCGUACCACACGAUUCUCUUUAGCAUUUUGGAACGAUAAUCUCUUCUGGUACUUGUACAAUCCGUACCGAUGCGACAAGUUUGGGUAUUGGGACGACGAUGGAUACGCGUGUAUAAUGAAAUUUUGUAGUCGACAAUCUCUUCGAAGACAUCUGAUGAUUCUGUUAUUAAGAGCUUACGUUUAUUCUGUUCCAAAGCCUGAGAAACAGGCUCCAGAAUCUGAGACGGUGGAAACGGAAGAGGCCGCGACGGCAGAGGAACAGCCGGAAGCAACCACGGAAAGUGCUUCGCAAGGAGAUGCGCAAUCCCGAACGACUGGAGAUAAACAAUCCCGAACGGCUGGAGAUGAACAAUCUCGAAUGACUGGAGAUAAUCAAUCCCGAAUAACUGGAGAUAAUCAAUCCCGAAUAACUGGAGAUAAUCAAUCCCGAAUAACUGGAAAAGAGCAAUCCCGAACGACUACAGAAGAGCAACCUCAAACGACUACAGAAGAGGCUGCUUCCGAGAAGGAAGAAGCAGCCGAAGAAGAAUCGACGGAAGAGAAAUUCUUCACAGUUCAAAUUUACCACGUGAUCCAUCGCUGUUGUCAAAUCCACAAUUUGAAAUUACUGCAACGGGGUGCACCGAAGCCACCGAAGCAUCUGGUGAAGAAGAAGACGAUCGACGACUGUCCGUUUGAUCCUUUCGAUAUGAGAGAUCCGUGCACUAUAGAACAGGAAGAGGGUGAACUUAAAGAGGCGAUCGAGAAACCGACAUGGUUGAAACUCUAUAAGAUCAGCUGGGCCAAAUGCCUGGCUGUUCCCAAGAAGAAGGGUAACAAAGAUUUCGUGGUGAAGAUGCGCUGGCAUCAGUACGUUGUCGAAGAAUCCAACAAGUUGUUCUCUCUUUGGGGCGAGAUUCACAUAACGGACAGUAUGUUUGAGAAAGAAAAUCGUGGGAUGCAGACGUAUGCCUGUUACGUUGUUUCCGCCGGUAUGACCAGGAUCAUGGCGCCUGAGUAUUGGACCGCGAAGACCCUCGACGUAAUCGUGAUGUGCGGCGACAGAUAUUAUACCCACAGCAAGCUCGAGGCAGAGUUCAAAUCGACCAAGUACGAGUACAGUCACGUGAAUUGUUGGAACAGGUACCUGAUGAGCCACUUCAAGGUAGGGGAGACCAUGUUCGAGGCGAAAGUUCUACCCGCGAUAUGCGGUAGAUUGUAUGCCAAAUCGUGCAAGUAUCUUUGGCACUCGUUGGAACAAAUGUUCCUCAAGUACCACUUCGGCAUUCUCACCUGCGAGAGCACCUGUCUCGGUGUCUUCAAAUUCUGCGGUGCUUAUUACAUGUACGACGUGAAUUCGUUUGGACCACCGUUGUAUCAGUACGGCGAAGGUGCUUCAUAUUUGCUAAGAAGCACUUAUUUUUAUAAAUUUAUAACCGUAUUGGUGCUCACCAUUGGUUCACCCGAAUGCAGUCAGUUCGCUUUGAAUCCUAUUGAAAUAUUGAAGGUCGUCGAUGUGGGCCCGAAUACUCUUCCUGUCGGAAGAGCGGAGAAGGACAGAGGUAGGAGAGUUACCAAAGUGGAGUGUCCGUAUGACGAAGAGAAGAAGAGGCAGAUGAAGAAGUGGAGACAUAAGACAGCGGAAACCGUACGGACGAUUGAUAGGUUGUGUUGUAAAAGCACCCAAUGAUCUUCAAUUUUGUAUUUUUAAAUGUCAGUGUAUUAUAAUAAAAAAACUCAUGAUUAAGUU